AUGACAGACUCGAUCUCUGCGGCCAAGUUAGCUAUUUAUAUCAUCCUACUCCAGCCUGCUUUGUAUUGUCUUUUCAAGCACGGCAAGACUGGCUUUAUCGGAUGGCUUUAUGUGCAGAUCUUCUGCGUACUUCGCAUUGCCACGGGGGGUAUCGGCCUUAAAGGUUCCAGCUCGACCGGAGCCAUCAUUGUCAGCAGUAUUGGUCUUUCUCCUCUACUGCUCGCCGCCUCGGGAAUAUUGCAUGAGGCUCGAAGAGCGACAAACCCCCGGCUCAACAGACGACUUGAUAUAAUUCUCGAAAUCAAAUUCCAUGGCCUGGUCGCAGCAGCUAUGGCACUUAUCAUUGUGGCUGUAACUGGCUCGCAUGACAAGGGCUCUGUGUCAAGCAAUAAGACUCUGAUCACAGUUGCGUCUGCACUCAUGGCAUUGGCAUGGUCAUUGCUGUUGAUAUGGGCCUUGUGGUCCCUUGGCAAGUCCCAAGCAUCAUCCUCAAGCAAACGAAUUCCUUCAUUCCACGGUGGAAGAGUACUAUUAUACGCAGUCUUCGUAGCACUUCCGCUUCUAGCACUGCGCCUUGGAUACGCGAUUGCCUACCUUCAGACUAAACUCUCCAACCCCGAGUCUGGGUUCCUGACUUCCAAAGCUGUCGACGUGUGCCUAGGGAUGGUACCCGAGAUUCUGGUUACUAUAAUUUUUCUCUUUGUUGGUAUCAAGACACGGUCCUUGAAGCAUGAGAUUGCAAAGUUGGAUUACUCUCGACCGGCUGAUGAGGGCUAUGAAAUACGAAGGUAG